CCGCUUGGCAAAACACGCGCUCCUCGGGCCUUCUACUUCCAUGGUGACGAAUCCAAGCCAGAGAUCAACGGCGCUCUUUUCAAACCACUUCAGCGCGGAAACGGUUUAAUUUCGACACGUUUAUCGUUAUUUAACGUCAUUUGUGAAACAUAUACAACCUUAGCAUGAAGCUGAGAGAAGCUAUUCACCCGAGAGAUGUCACCAUAAGGGUUAUUCUACUUUAUAAAUGAAACACUGGACGUUUAAGCAAUAGUUAGCGGUCUGCAAGCAUUACAAAAAUGAACAGCAGCGCGGAGAGGAAAUUCGUCAAUCUGCGGAAACGUCUGGAUCAGCUGGGCUACAGACAACCUCUUGGAAUAGAGUCGCUGCCGCUAGUGGAGAAACUGUUCAGCGACUUGAUCCACACAACUGAGAGCCUGCGCAAUGCCAAACUAUCAGCAGGAAAGACGGAGAAAGAGAGCAGAAAUGUUGAUGCCCUGUUGGAGCCCUACAGGGCAGAGAACGCCAGAGUGGUCAAGGAAAACAACGACCUGCAUCUUAAGCUCUUGAAACUGAGGGACGAGAAAGAUCACGUCACUAGAGAACUCAAAACACACAUCAAGAAACUGGACCAUGAGACAUCUGAUCUGAAGUUCCUAAACAAUCAGUAUGUGCAUAAGGUACGCUGCUUGGAGAAGGACAGUAAGGCUAAAGCUGAGCGGAUCCAGCAGCUACAGGAGAAGAACAUGCAAGCCGUUGUGCAGACGCCAGGUGGAAAGAAGCACAGUAUUCCUUUUAGACGACAGAGAAUGCAGAUUGAUGAGCUUAUUCCUCCUUCCUCUAAAUCAGCCUAUCCUGUCCCGCUGCCUGACGAUCCGUAUAUAGCUGACCUACUGCAGCUGGCCGAUGGAAGGAUUCAUGAACUACAGGAAGACAUUAUCAAACUCAAACUCGACCUGGAAAAUGCCCAAGAUGGCAUAAAACAUCUGAGCACUCAGGUGGAAGAAAGGAACAGAGAGAUUGAGCGUUUGAAUCGCGCACUUCAAGGAGGACGGCCUCAUGAUGUAAUUUCUCUCGAAGCCCAGAACAUCAGCAACGAAAAACUGAUCGCCCACCUUAACCUUCAGAUUGAGUACCUGCAGGAGACCAACAGGAACCUGGAGCAAAAUAUAGAAGGACUGCAGCAAAAGAAGAAGGACGUCUCCACGGAGGUGGCAGAUCUCUCCUUAAAGAACCUGGAGCUCUGUGAGGAACUGACGCACAUAGAUCACCUUGCGAAGUGCAUGGAGAUGGACAAGGAGCGCAUGUUGGAGAAUGCUGAUAUGGAACUACAGGAAACUAAAAAAGAAAUUGAAAGGCAGCAGAAAAUCAUUAAAGACUUGGAGGAAAUUAUUACAAAGACAAGAAGGGAGCAGUCGGAAGGAGAAUAUGAAAGAGACCGCUUAAGAGAUCAGCUGGUGGAGCUUAAGGAGCAGAACGAAAAGAUGGAGGGACUGGUGAACUUCCUAGAAGAUGAGAAAACAAGGCUGCAGGACAAAGUGGAGAAGAUGAUGGCAGCUGAUAAAGAGCUGGUGCUGGAGUUGGAGGCUAUGCGUGCUAAACAUGGUGUCUGUGGCAGAGAGCAUUCCCCAUCUCGUCUAGACGCCUUCGUCAAAAAUCUAGAGGAGGAGAGGGAUUUCUAUCGCCAUGAGGCUGAGCGGUACAAGAGGGCCAGAGGAGCCGGUGGACCGGGAUUGAGUCCCAGUCGCAGUCCAGACAGAGGCAGGAGUCCGAAAGGCAAAGAUGUCAAGGGAAGCUUUCCAGAGGCAGAACUGCUCCGUGUAGUCAGAGAAAGGGAUGAGCUCAAGGCAGCUCUGAUGAACUUUGAGAAGCACAUGGAGGACAUUCAGAACAACGUGAAAGCCCUCAGUAAUGAGAGAGACCAUUUCAAAGCCCUUUUUAAGCAAGCUCAGGAUGAGCUAAAGUUGGCCCACAGGGCAGAUUUGUCGGCUGACAUCUUGAGGCAGCAGGAGGAGGUGAGACGAGCAGAGGAAAAGCUUGGGCAGAUGACCUCUGAAAGAGACUCUCUGAUGGAGAGGUUAAAGUUUGCCCAGACAUCAGCUCACACAGACAGACAGGGAGAGGAGAGGAGGAUUCUCAACUUGGAGAACACUGUGAAGAGUCUGGAGCGGGAGAGAUUGGAUCUGCGGUCUCAGGUGUGUCUGUUGAAGGAGAGCAAGGAGGCCGUGGAGGAAGAGCUGAAGGCUCGGUCCACUGCUCUGGUCCAAAACACAGAAAACGUCGCCCAGCAGAGGGCCGAGGCGAGUGCUCUGAGGCUGCUACAGGAGCAGAUGGAGCAGUCACUGUCUGAUGCCCAACGAAGGCUCUCGGUGAAGAUGAACGAACUGCAUGUGGCCCACGAGCAGAUUGAAAAACUUGAAGAGAGAUUAGGGGAGCUGAGUCAGCAGAGCUCCAAACACAAAGAAGACGUAGCUUCCCUCCAGAAGUCAAUCUCUGUGCUGGAUAGAGAGAAAGAUGCCUUGCAGGAUGAGGUGGAUCAGAAGACAGAAAAACUGGUUGCUCUCCAGAAUGACCAGACCCAGAAGGAAAAAGUCCUUGAAGAUGUGAGACUCACUGUCAAAAAUAUGGACAAUUCACUAGCUCAGCUACAAGGAGCCCUGAAGAGCCGUGAAAGGGAGAUCAGCAGUCUGAGGAGGCAGCUGGAUCCAUCUCUGGAGGAGCUGGCUGCUCUCAGGAGAGACAAAGAAGUCAUACUGAGAGAAAACAGGAGGCUGCAGGAUGACCUGGCCACUAUGACGAGGGAGAACCAGGCUGUACAUUUAGAAAUGGAGGAGGCUUUGCAUGAGAAGGAUGAGUUGAAGUUGAGGGUCCACUCCUACAUUUCUGAAGUGUCCAGAAUAGAGAAGCUGAUGGCCACAAAGGAACAGGAGAACAGAGAUUUACUGGAGCGCUUCAGGAUGGUCCACUCCGGGAUACAGGAAAGGGAGCAGAAGCUGCACCAGGCUGAAGGCCUCAAUAACUCGAUCCGCCUGGAGCUGCUCUCCUCGGACACAGAGCGCCGGCAGCUCCGGGAUACUGUCGGGCAAAAAGAGAGAGAGAUCCAAAAGCACAUACAGGCACUGCAAGCUUAUGAAGUCCAGGUAUCCUCACUGGCUCGUGGGAUGUCCCGACUAGAAGAGGAGCUGCACAAAGCACAGGAGGAGAAGGCUGCUCUCCUUUCUGAUCUAGCUUCCAUCAGGGAGCUCUGUGUCAAACUAGACUCUGCAAAGGACCUCACUGCACGACAGUUGACCUCCAAGAGCAUGGACCUAGAGAGGGUCACUGGAGAACUGGAGGAUGUUCGGUCAGAGGUUGAGGUCCUGAAGAAGCAACUAUCCAGUGAGAGGCUGACUGUGCGCAACCUUGAGACACUACUGUCUACCAACAGGCAGAAAGAGUUUCAGACCCAUCUGACUGCCAGCGAGAGAGAGUCUGAGCUGAAAGUCCUGCAGGACAAGCUCACUCUAGCUGACAGCAAAAAUGCAGAGCACGCAAGAGAGGUGUCCCAACUCCGUGGUAAAGUGUCCCAGCUGCAGACGGAGAUGGACGUCCUGAAAAGACAGCUGACCACAGAGCGCUUCGAACGUGAAAGAGCGGUUCAGGAGAUGCGUAGACAAGGUCUGUCAUUUUCAUCUCCUCUCAGCUUAUCAGGCGGCUCUCACCACAGCUCUGCAGAUCGCUCCAUCCUCCGAAGUCAACACUCCACGGACAAGUCUACAGACAAGAGUGUUAGUUUCAAGGAUUAACCUCUAAAGACGAAUGAAGUUGCAGUGAGUCAGAUAAACGCUACAUGUUUAAGUUUGGAUAUGAAGGCUUCCACCGACCUUGGCAUGAAGUAGCCUGAAGCUUAUCUCAGUGUUGCUAAAGUGUACGAGCCAACGUCUCAGGACAGGAUAAAAGCUGUUGGAAGACUUAAAAAAAAUGUUUCCUGUUCCAAAUGUUAAUUUUUUUUUAAAUAACUCUACUUACAAACUGUUGGUAUCAGGUACUUUCACAGAUCAAACAUGUCUGAAAUGAAGUUUAUUCAUAGCAUUUCUAAUCUCAAACACUUAACUAAUGAAAUGUUACAUAUGUUGAGUUUUGUGGAUUAUACUUAAUAUUGCUUUUUAUAUAUAUAUUUUUUAAAUAAUAAAUUAUUUGGUAAAAUAAA